UGCCUCUCCGGUGCGCCAGUGCCACAAGGAGAAUCUCGGGCUCUGUGCUUUUUUUUUUCUUUUUUUUUUAAGUUAUCGCGAUAGUUGCAAUAGCACGGUACUUCCAUCAUGGCAGGCAGUAAGUUGGUGCUAGAAGGAAGAGUAAGUAUAAAGACGUUUAUUUUAGGGCUCAGCGUGAUUGUAAUCCCAUUGAUCAGAACGUGGUUUGGACAUCUCGACUGGGUCUUCGAUUAUCUGACGGAAACUUCCGGGAAAAUAGUGAUCGGUCUCCACAUUGCAGUUAUCAACGGCCUCUUGCUCCUCGUAUACAAGGGACCUCUAUACAAGGUCGCAGUGAGAGCCUGCUUUCUGGGAGUCACUUUUGGCUGUGGCUUAAUUAUAAGCUUCUCUGAGACCACUUGGACCCAUUUCGGCUGGUACAUGUGCUCCCUGUCCUUCUUUCAUUACUCUGAAUACCUGGUGACGGCCAUCAUCAACCCUCGCAGCCUGUCGCUGGACUCAUUCCUGCUCAACCACAGUGUGGAGUACACGCUGGCGGCCGUCUCGUCAUGGGUGGAGUUCACCAUAGAGAAGCUGGCCGUUCCAGAGCUGAAGCAGCUGAACUGGUUGAGCGUCGUGGGCCUGCUCCUGGUGCUGUUUGGCGAGUUCCUGCGUAAGGCGGCCAUGUUGACAGCCGGCUCCAACUUCAACCACAUUGUCCAGAAUGAGAAGGCCCAGAGCCACGUGCUGGUCACCAGUGGGGUCUACUCCUACUUCAGACACCCCUCCUAUGUGGGCUGGUUCUUCUGGAGCACAGGGACACAGGUCAUGCUGUGUAACCCGGUGUGUAUAUUGGGCUACACGAUAGCCAGCUGGCGGUUCUUCCGGGAGCGGAUCGAGGAGGAGGAGCUUUCCCUCAUCCAUUUCUUUGCAGAGGACUAUGUGGAAUACAAGAAGAGGGUUCCCACCGGGCUGCCCUUCAUCUCAGGCAUCCGUGUCAACUAGUCCCAGGAGCUGGAUGCAGCACGUAACAGACUUAAAGCACUGAGGCAGGUCAGGCCUGGUGGGUGUGUGGCGUCUGCCAAGGCGACGGCGGCCCUCCAGAGGGAACCCCUGCAGCCGGUUCAGAGCCUGUAGCUCACUGACAAAGAUCAUGACAGCUGGGAUGGCGGCAAGCAGCCGGGCUGCUGUUUUUCUACCAACUUCCAGACCAGACAACCUCCACUGUACUAUAUGUAGUCCAAUAUCACCUACUCCAUCUGUUUCUGUUGUGUUUCUGUUUGCAUGCUUUUACCAUGCUUAGUGUUUCCCAUGAUAACCUGUUGUCUGUUACUAAUGAUCAUCAAUAUUAUCAAGAAGUGGCCACCACUGUAUGUCUCACUGUGUUUGUUUCCUCUGGGCCAUUUUUAAACACUCCUUGUGUUUUGUUUUUGUAAUGACCUCAGAGUGAAUCUAGAUCCCAGAUAUUGUGCUCUUGAAAGUCAAUUGAUCAACCGAUAGCAAAAUUCUAUUUCAAAAGCAGAGUUCCAACCAGUAGAGCAGUCGGUAUGCAUAUGUCAUGGACCUGACUCGCCCAACAACACUGCUAAGUACCAAUGUACACUGGUUUUAUGCCGUCGCCUCCUCAUAGCUCCAAAGCUCUUCCACAAGUUGUGGCUUUAGGGUUGAUUGAACAUACAAUUCCAAAUAUUUUCAGUAGUGUCUCUUUUAUUAUAUGAAGUUUUUUACUGUGGGAAAGACCCCUAUAUGAAAUAGAACAUGGAACUUUAGCUGUCCAGUGCGUCCAAACAGUGGUAAAGGGAACAAUAGCUGACAUUGCAUUUUUUUUUUUACAUUGCUUAACAUCCGCAUUACAAUUGUUAUUAUCCAGGAUAAAAUAUAACUGUAUAUGAUAUUAUUCCCAUAUCAAAAAUAAAUGGUCGGAGAGUUGAUAACCAAAUAGCUUAGCAAUGUUGUCUCAUCUGGAGCUUUUAAAGAUUUUAUUUGUCAUUUUCCUUUGUUUUGACUGAGGCCAUUGGACGUAGAACAUA